UCUUCCCUUAGAAAAGGAGAAUAAAAAGCAAAAAAAGAACAAAGAAAAAGAAGAUCGGCCAGUGCUCGCCACCUCUCGCAGCUCCACGGCGCGCACCAUCACACGGAUACGCCUCCCCUUACUCCCCGGGCAGAUGAGAUCGAGCGGGCUGCACUGAAAAGGUUCCAUCUUUUCUGAUCCAGGAGCGGCGGAGGGCCUCGCUGCCGGUGGGGAGGGAGUCGGAGAUGAGCCGGGGGCGGUCGCCGGAGCCGCUGGAUUUCUUCAUCUGGACUGUGGAGGAUGUGGGUUUAUGGUUGGAGGAAAUAAAUCUCGGAAGCUAUCGCCAGGCAUUUGAAGAAAAUGGUGUCAAUGGAGAGUAUCUAGAAAGCCUGUCGAUGUUCACUACAGAGCAGAUUCUUCGAUUUAUAAGACGGUGUCAUAUGAAAUGGGGAGAUUUUAUCACACUUUGUAAAGAGUUGAGGCGCAUCAAAGUUGCCUGCCUGAAAGGGGAGCAAGAAGUCCGCAGGCCGUGGUGGGCGCCGUCAUGCCUAUCGGUCGUGUUUGUGAGGGUGGCCAAGCGGAACCGGCAGUCCCGAGUCGUCUCCCUGAAGCUGGAAGCUUAACAGGCUUGUCAUCAGCCACCUCACUGCGCUGGCUUUCUGGUCCACUGUACCAUAUAGUAUUCGUUCUCAAUGGUCUGGAAAGCUGUUUGCUGUAGAAUCAUCAAGUGUGACCUGUGUGUAUUUCUUGAUUUGUUUUUUCUAUAUAUAUGGUUGAGGAUUUGAGAUGGUAAUGUGUAGACAAGAACAUACAUAUGUUGUGCAGAUGUUGUUCUCAGUUUACUGUUCCUUCUAGCCCACCAGCCUAAAGAAUGUUCUUUGAAACUUGCGCAGAAUAUUUGUCAUGAAAAUCUGCUCUUUUACGAGUUCCUUUGGGCUUUUGGCUA